AUGGGGCAUCCAAGUCAUUCAAAUACAACUCGUGUCAAUGACAACGAUAACGACAACGACAACAUCAUCGAAGUAAAGUGGAAGCAAACCUCCCCCUCCCUAAUUCAAGACCUCUACCGCUCCCUCAUCCACAAACAACGCUCCACCAUCCACGCCUUCCACCUCUGGCUUCGCUUGUUAGAGCACAACCUCAUGCCCAACGUUCGCGAGCUGACGGUUCACUAUCACACUGUCCCCUCACUGCAUACAGAGUAUGAUUUGGUGCGGAUAUGGUUGAAUGCGAAUCCUGAUAGGGGGCUGAACAGGAAGAUGAGGGUUCAGAUUCUUGCUUUUGCUUUGGCCUCGGCCUCGUCGUCAUCAGGGGCUUCUGAUGGUGGUGAUGAGAAGAAGAUCCCCUGGAAUCUGUUCCUCCGCGACAUGAGGCAUCAACACGACCUUAUACACGACAAGCACGACUUGAUAGGCGACUAUGACUGCUUCAUCGUCUACAAGCAAUACGCGCGCCUGUACACGAUCCAAUCAUACGGCAACCCCGAAUGCCCGGUCAUAAAAGAAUGCUGGAUUAAUUUCGGUGCGGAUAUGGUGCAACAAUUCGGUUUACAGCCAUUAUGGAAGGAGAUAGGGGGCCGGUGUGGGAGUUCAAGACGCAUUAUGGGUUGA